GUGCUGGGAUGCGGGCCUGGGAGUUGGGGGUCGGCCUUGGGUGCCGUAUAGACCUGAACUGCGCGAUAGUGCUCUAAGAUGAUCAGCCCAGUAGUGGACCAAACACACCCGUCAGGAGGGCCGGCGGCUCGAAUCGCGCGGUCAGGAUCCCUGGACGCCUUAACAAUAAGCAGCGAGUUGGGGAGGGAGGCGGUGUCCUCCGUGGCCCAUCCUGGCUGCGGACCCCGCGCUGGCUUGGGCAGCUCCGGCUAGGACAGAGGGGUCCAGGGGAUCGGCGGGAAGGGGCUGCGAGCCUGGUGAUUGACAGCCCGAAAUCUGAUCUUGUGAAAGAGACGUGGAGCCAAUAGGAGGCAGCGAUCCAUCAGUUUGGAUUGGAGGCCCCUGGAGGAGAAGUAGAGGAAAAACCACCGAAUUGAGCUCUGUCAGAGGCGCUCUCGGCUUCCAAGGGGAAGUGCUGGGCGAUAAUUAAUGUUUUUAUUAAAUUUGGAGGGAAUUUUUUGCAGCCGUUCGCCUAGCGUGGCCUUCAGUCCCGUUAGGUGCAAAGCAAGUCUCGCUGAUCGCCAUUGCUAGUUUUGCACACGUUUGCGAAUCAGAGCUGCCCGGGCACACCGACGCGCAGGGAGACAUCAAGAGUGUAAAUAAAUACAUUGCCUCCGGUUCGGAUUUUUGCUCCUACCGAAAAUAUGUAAAUUGUGAACUCUCUUGGCUCUCUCUGGAUCCAGGUUGAUAGAAGUCCAGAUCCCGAGGAAAUCGCCAGAUAAAUGCUCCAAAUAUAAAAUACUGAGCUAAUAUUUGCGAAGAGCAGCAGAAUGGAUGGAUUUUAUGACCAGCAAGUGCCUUACAUGGUCACCAAUAGUCAGCGUGGGAGAAAUUGUAACGAGAAACCAACAAAUGUCAGGAAAAGAAAAUUCAUUAACAGAGAUCUGGCUCAUGAUUCAGAAGAACUCUUUCAAGAUCUAAGUCAACUGCAGGAAACAUGGCUUGCAGAAGCUCAGGUACCUGACAAUGACGAGCAGUUUGUACCAGAUUAUCAGGCUGAAAGUUUGGCUUUCCAUGGCCUACCACUGAAAAUCAAGAAAGAGCCCCACAGCCCAUGCUCAGAACUCGGCUCGGCCUGCAGUCAAGAGCAGCCCUUCAAGUUCAGCUAUGGAGAAAAGUGCCUGUACAAUGUCGGUGCCUACGAUCAGAAGCCACAAGUGGGAAUGAGGCCCUCCAGCCCGCCCACGCCGUCCAGCACUCCAGUGUCUCCGCUGCACCAUGCAUCUCCUCACGCGACUCACACUCCGAAACCUGACCGAGUCUUCCCUGCUCACCUCCCUCCAUCGCAGUCCAUCCCAGAUAACAGCUACCCCAUGGAUCACAGAUUUCGCCGCCAGCUCUCUGAACCCUGUAAUUCCUUUCCUCCUUUGCCGACAAUGCCACGGGAAGGACGUCCUAUGUACCAACGCCAGAUGUCUGAGCCAAACAUCCCCUUCCCGCCACAAGGCUUUAAGCAAGAGUACCAUGACCCAGUAUACGAACACAACACCAUGGUUGGUGGUGCGGCCAGCCAAAGCUUCCCCCCACCUCUGAUGAUAAAACAGGAGCCCAGAGAUUUUGCAUACGAUUCAGAAGUGCCUAGCUGUCACUCCAUUUAUAUGAGGCAAGAAGGCUUCCUGACUCAUCCCAGUAGAACAGAAGGCUGUAUGUUUGAAAAGGGCCCCAGGCAGUUUUAUGAUGACACCUGUGUUGUCCCAGAGAAAUUCGAUGGGGAUAUCAAACAGGAGCCAGGAAUGUACCGGGAAGGACCCACAUACCAGAGACGAGGAUCACUUCAGCUCUGGCAGUUUUUGGUAGCUCUUCUGGACGACCCUUCAAAUUCUCAUUUUAUCGCCUGGACUGGUCGAGGCAUGGAAUUUAAACUGAUUGAGCCUGAAGAGGUGGCCCGGCGUUGGGGCAUUCAGAAAAACAGGCCAGCUAUGAACUACGAUAAGCUUAGCCGUUCCCUCCGCUAUUAUUAUGAGAAAGGAAUCAUGCAAAAGGUGGCCGGAGAGAGAUACGUCUACAAAUUCGUGUGCGAUCCCGAAGCGCUGUUCUCCAUGGCCUUCCCAGAUAACCAGCGCCCGCUGCUGAAGACAGACAUGGAGCGCCACAUCAACGAGGAGGACACGGUGCCUCUGUCUCACUUUGACGAGAGCAUGGCCUACAUGCCAGAAGGGGGCUGUUGCAACCCGCACCCCUACAACGAAGGCUAUGUGUACUGACAUCAGUGACUGUCCCGAAGGGCGUCCUUGCUCUUUUUUUGCAAGAUGCGGAGACUCUCUGAGUUCUCUUCAAUCUUUGUUUUAUUUUUGUUGUUUGUAUUUUAUUUUUAAAUAAUAAUACAAAAAGGGGCUUUUCCUGUUGCAUUGUUCUAUGGUCUGCCAUGGAUUGCGCACUUUAUUUGAGGGUGGGAGGGAGUGAUCUAAACAUUUAUUCUAUGUAACAGGAAGACAGUGGGUGACUGGGCAGAGGGAUUUGGGGAUUACUUUGUACUUAGGCUUGGGAUAGGGUUCUACAGGUUUUAGGAAUGGUGAGGCUGUAUCAUGUCUGCUUGAUUUCAUAAUAACAAGAUAAUCUUCAUUUUCUCCAGGUAACUAGGGUACAGUGGCUUUCACAUUGUGUAAAUAUCCACUCGGAGACCAUUUGCCCUGGGCAUUUCCCCUCAUCAUUUCUGAGUCUCUCCAGGCAUACAAAAAAAAAAAAAAUCUACUGUAAAUGGCAGUUUAAUUGUUAGAAAGGACUGUGUUUGCGCCUCUUGUACAAAAGGUAUUUAGCAACUGAUUACAUUUGCCACUGUUUCAUUUUGCUUUACACAUGGCUCACAGAGGAUGAGCAUACCAACGGGCGAUUCUCUCUGAAGCCGAGUAGUUAUCGUGACUGCAGAUGAGGGGCACAAUUUUGGACUCUGGCUCUGAACUGAGUCACAGGCCAGUAGUGUCAUAAGCAUUUGGUGCCACCUUACUGUUUAGAUGAAAAUCAUACUGUCUUUCAAAUAUUUUGAAGCCCAUUUUAGUUAAAUAAUGAUGUUAUGGUCCCUCGGAAUCUUCAUUUCAACGUUAAAUCUGGGAUCACAUGGAGGCAAAAAAAGAAAAAAAUCUGUCUUCUUUCACUUCCUUCAGUACAUAAAUAUGUUAUUUAAUCAAUAAGAAUUAACUGUACUAAAUCACAUAUUACGCUGUUCUAGUUACAGCAAGCACUCUUUAAGAGAAAUAUUCACUACAUUAAAUAGGUACUAUAGUAAUUUUAGACAUGGUACCCACUGAUAUGCAUUUUAACGUUUUACUGCUGUGUUAUGUUGAUAACAUAUAUAAAUAUUAGAUAAUGCUAAUGCUUCUGCUGCUGUCUUUUCUGUAAUAUUCUCUUUCAUGCUGAAUUUACUAUGACCAUUUAUAAGCAAUGCAGUUAACUACAGAUAGCAUUUCAGGACAAAAUAGAUGACUCAAACCAUUUAUUGCUUAAAAAAUAGCUUACGCCAUGCUGUGCUAUAAGCAGCUUUUAUGCACAUUGACAAAUGAAGAGUAAGCUUCAGCUUGCUAAGGGAAACUGUGGAAACUUUUGUAACUUUGGGAGAAAUGGAAAAUGACUUACAAACUGUCCAAGAAUAUGAGGAAGUUGCUGUGUGACCUAGUGCUGGCACUGAUAUUAUUCAUUAUCUCGUUUUGGACACCCCUGUAAAUGUGACCAGAUUGUUUGAGAGCAAACUUAAAGAUUUCAAGUUUCAAAGUUUUAUUUGGUUUGGUUUUGUUUUACGUUUGGAGGAAGUACGGAAAGCAGUACAUAUGCCGUCCACUCGGAAACACGAACGAUGCUAUGCUAGCACGGAAUAUCUUCGGAAAAGAUUCAAGAAAGUAAAGCGAAUGCUUUCAACGCACUAGUACGCUAGAGGAAUGAAAGUCUUUAGCUAAAUGUCAAAACCUCAACCACAAAGCCAAAAUAAAGCUAUGAAAGCAUCUUAUGAUCAGCACAGGAAGGACUCUAAAAACUUUGUCCAGCUACCCGUUUUGCAACACUACAUAGUUCAUGGCGAUUUUCUUCAAGCUAAAAGGUAUUGGGAAACCCAUAUGCUAAAAUCAAUACUAUUCACAUUAACUCCUACAAUAAUGUUCUAGUUUCAACAUGUACAUGUAACCCGUGAUUUCAAGGAUUGUUCUGUAUCCACACCAUGUGUCAUUUGGCCCUUUAUGGGUUAAUAAAGUAUGCCUUAAAAAUCAGAAUGCCCCCUCCCCAUGCUCAUGCGGCCAUUCCCAGCACUUAGAAGAAAAACAGAUUUAAAAGUAUUCAGUGAAAGUUUUAUUGGAAAGAGAACUGAAAUAUAUGAUUGAAGGAUGAUAUUUGGUGAAACUGAAGGAGAAAUUUUAAAUGGGUUUUUAAAGUAUGUUCUAAAUAAAAAUCAUAUUAAGGAUUC